AUGACCUCCAGGACCCCCAUCGGCGUCCACCCGCGACCGCCGCAGCGAGCUCUUAGCAGCUCGACGCUGCCGUCGGUCCAGCGGCCUCCGCCUCAACAGCGCGCCCUGUCGCAGCAGCUGUUUCCCUCCUCGCCCAUCCGCAAGGACUCCAUCCUCAGCGAUGCCUCGAGCGACUCCUUCGACCCUGUUCAGGCCCAGAGCCAUGGCGCGAACCAAGCCCAAAUCCACGGCCGUCCCGUCAGCACGCCGCGAAGAGUCGGCUCUCGGCUGCGUCUCGAACUCUCCAACAUCGACCCGGUCGUCGGCAACGCAGCCUCAGCGUCCGUCUCGGCAUCGGCUUCAGCAUCCGUUUCCGCCGCCUCGUCGCCACAGAGCCACACCACGUCGCGUGUGCCGUCUAUGGCUGAUGCUGCAGACGUAGGCGACUCCAGCCCGGCGCCCUCUCGAGCUUCAGCGGCCGACGUCGACAACGACAACCAGCCUUUGCCUAUGCCCAGACGGCGGCCACCAACAUCACAAACGAAUUCAGAGCUUUCGAAGCGACUGGCAGCCCCUUCGCGGGCUGCGCCGACCCUCAAGAAGGACGGUCGUCCGAAGCCUUGGACCGUUGAGGUCCCAAAGGGCGCUCCGCGCUACCCCUCGACCGAGAAACGGCCCAACCCAACAGGUGGUGACCCCUUCAGUCGGGGGCUCUUCUCUGGACACGCCGACUUCUUCCCAUGGCACGGUGGUAACGGCAAGCAUCACGAGGACGACUGGAGCCCCGAAGCGAUCCAGAAAGGCACCUGGGAUCGCGGCAACCAGAACGAGACGAGCUCCGCGAGAAUGACUAUAUCCCCAGCCAUCAAGCAGAAGUCGGGCCUGAGCGCUCUCUCUACCAUCUUCAUGGGCGUCCUCAACCAGCGCAGGCACCGCGGCCAUGUCACUGCCCCAUCGACCUUCAAACCUCCUCCUCGCGUUACCCUGACGGAUACCAAGAGGGAAGUCUGGAUGAAGGACUUGGCUAAUCCUGCCAUCUCCCUCAGGCGGCUGAGCAGAACCAUUCCCCAUGGUAUCCGCGGUCGCACUCUGUUGGACCAGUGUCUCAACAAGAGCGUCCCAACCGAAAGAGCUGUUUGGCUCGCCAAGUGUGUCGGUGCCAACGAGAUACGUGCCUUCAAGAGAAAAGGAGCCCCCGGUGGUGCCUUUGCCAUAGCAGGCGAGUUCAAGUGGAUAAGGGACUGGACCGUCUUUGUGGAGCAGUUUAUAGAAUCCAUCACCUCUGCGUUUGGCGAGCCAGACUGGAAGGCCAAGGUGACUUACGCAAUCCGAUUGGCGACGAACCUUUACGCCGAGCAACUCCUUGACCGAGACCAUUACCUCGAUUGGAUAACGUCCGGCCUAGAGCAUAGCCCCCAAUCCAAGAUUCCCAUGUGGAUUCUCAUUGCCCAAAUCUGUUGGGCCGACAUCUUGCGCUCGCGCAAAUAUGGACGUCGCCUUGUUUACUCCAUCCUUGGCCAUCUCCAUACAAUCCACAGCCACCCUGACAAGGAUAUUCUCAUACAACUUUCGAGCCAGCUUUCGACCCUACUGGCCUCGCUCAUCAAGAACAACCCCGACAGUUUCAUCGACCCCGCCCUUUGGCCAAAGUAUAAAGAUGCUCUGGAAGCAUUCUUGCCCCGCGACGACAAGGCAGGCCGAGAGGCAUACCAACAUGUCAAUGCCAGAAACAGUCAAGUGUCCAUCACCACCACUGCUUCGCCCGCGGUCGGCCGGCCGCAGUUGGUGCGGCUGCUGGACGCGACGCUGCUUGGCCAGAUAGAUCGCGACCUGCCCCAAAAGUGCUGGGCUACUGGGGACGACAAGGUAGACAUCGUCAGGACGACCGUCGACUGGGCCACGUCCUUUUACCGCCCUGGCCUGGCAAGAGUAUAUAUCGCGGCCAACCUGAUCAAGGUUUGGAGCACGCUCAGGAUCAAUGUCACCGCCACCAUUCUCGAGCACAUGGACACUAUUCCAGCCGGCGAUGGUGGUCGGAAGCAGAUGGUCUACCACCUCGUGACAGAACUGGUCCGAACAGGACAGUUCCUCGUCUCCCAAUAUUUCCAGUGGCUCGUGGCCCGUGGCGCCUGCAGCCAUCCCUCCGAGGUAGACUCCGACGAUGCUCCUUGCACAACCCGGUUGCUCGUUCACCUCCCCAUACGCUACCUCACAGAAGACCAGAAGGAUGACCGGGCCAACUUGCUGAGACGGGCUGCCAACUACUCCGCCGCCGAGGAAGCAAACGACAUCAGCAACUCCUUGAUGUGCGUUAACCACACCCUGGGCCUGCCCCUGCAGGGAGACACCAUGGCUGGCAGAAGGCCCAUUCCCUUGCGAAAGCUUCUUCCAAGGAUCCUCAGCAGCUCAAAAGCUCUGCAGACUGCCGUUGGCCUUCACCUGCGCGAGACUGUCCUGAGGCUCGUCAAGUCCGUGCAACCAGUAUCUCUGCGUAUCUUCUCAGCCAUACGCACCAUCUUGGAAGCGACCCAAGACUUUUAUGCCCUUUGCGACGUCCUCAAACUCUGCUCCAAAACGACCAAUAUUGAGGUGCUCGCAUCCUGCGUCGACACUGUAAACCUCCAUUUGCAGGUCUUCUACGCCCAAGGUGGUGCCGAGCGGCUCUUCACCAUCUUCUUCGAGCGGCUCAAGGCCAUCAACCAAGAGCAGGGCCUAGUCUCGCGCCCCCUGCUUGCCGCGCUUUGCUUCCUCUCUCGGCGGAUGCCCAGCCGCCAGGAACUCUCCAAGUACCUGGCCCACGAGCUCACCCAGAGCGAUCGCAACAACGCAACCGACGCAUGCUCCCCCAUUUCGGACAACAUGGUCAAUCCACCCUCCGGUGCUGAUGGCGAGGUCUCGGAACAGAUCGAGAAGCUACUGGCGAGCGGGAACAGUAUAGACUACCCAACCAUGAAUCGUCUUUUCGGCUACAUCAUACGGAGACUGGAAGCAGGCUGGGCCAAGAUGGAUGACAACCGAAGGGUUCACGCGUCACUCCUUACCCGCCUGCGAUUGUUCGACGCGCAGCAUUUCGACAAGCUCAUGUCUGACUGGGUCGGGCGUGUUCGGCUACUCAAGAGCCGCCAACGAUUGGAUGCUGUGUUUCCUCUCCUCAUCAUCACUGAUGCUCUGCCGAUUGCAUUCCUGGAACUGCUUCACCUGAUCCUGUCGAGACUGCCUGCCGACACCGACCUCAGCCAAGAAGAGGCUUACCGAUUUGGCAUCUACCAGCGCGCAAUACAGCUCAAUCAUUACAAAGGACUGCUCUCGCUCAUACGCCACGCCGCCGUGGAAUAUGCCGACCUUCGGGCUAGAGUUGGCGACGCAAAGCUGCCUCUUGACGACGGCACAUACCGCGAGAGUGUGCUCGACGCCUUGCGACUCUUGGUUGUGGUGCACACGGCAGACGUCACGGAAGCUUUCAGCCCCAAGAACAUCCCCCCGUCGGGGUUCCGGCUUAUCCAUGAGAUGAUCAGCAAUCUUUUCCAGCAGGCAGGCCGCCUGGGCUCGCCUUUCACGGCGGCCUAUGACGAAAUCUUGCGCCUCACGAACGAGUUGACCAUGCCAUUCUGCCAGGUCAAGCUCAAUAUGGAUCUGUCCAUCUCGCCGCCUCGGCCAACCGAGGGUGAAGACGGCCAGCGGCAGCCGAGCCCGUCCCAGUUUGAUCUGUUUGCCAAGGCUAUGGAUCGCGCCAUUGAAGCUCAGAACAUUAUGUGGACGACCAUGCUCCCCUGCUUGAGCGAAGAUAUUUCUCGCCAUCUGCAAAGCCAGGCCCGUUCCCGGUUCCUAGCUCUGGUGCCGACGCCCUCCUCCUUGUCAUCAUCCAAAGCGCCCACCAACCCCCAGAACCCAUCCGCGAACAGUAACAAUUUAUACCUCGCAGAGAAGCUACUGGGCGUCAUUGAGGCUAUCGUGGUAGGCCAGCCGCCGCCGAACACAGCUCAGCUGAACAGUGUUGUGGCCGAUAGGCUGUCGGACCUCGUCGAGAUCGUCGUUGCGACGAAGAUACGUGAGGGGAAGACAGCGGGGGUGCUCGGGCCCAUUUUCAAACACUGGCUGCCGAUGCUGUUGAAGUUUGUGCUCUUGCAUAGCGUAUCCUUGGAACCGAUGAGCGCGUCUGUCAUGACCACUUCUGCCCAAGGCAAACUGGUUAUGCCUCCGCAUCAUGAGGCGCGAGCCCAUACCGUCUUGGCUCUCUGCCGUCUGUUCCUUGCGCUCGAAGCAUUGCCAAGCCAUUUAGUUGGCGGCGGCUUGCGGCAGCAAGUGUUUGAUGUCGCCACGGUUCUUGCGGAUGGCUUGCCCGAUGACCUACGCCUUCACUGUGCCAAGUCCAUUCUUCUUCUUCCGGGCAUGAUGCCAAACCUCCACACAUCAUCGGACGCUCGUCUGCAUUACAUUCUUAGCGUUCCGCAGAUGUCCCCAAUGGACUCCCUGAUGCUUGCCCAUAGGGAAAAGACGACGAUGCCUCACAGCACGGCAGCCAGAGGCAUGGGUGCCAUGUAUGGAAUUGGCCCGGCGUCUCAAGAGAAGCUCUCUCCGUACGUUCUCCGGCGGUGGGAGCUGCUUAGCGAGCCUACCCCCAAUGUCGGGGUGAAUGAUACGAGCUUGAGCCUAAGUCUCUUUGAAGCCAUCAGGCUACACUAA